AUGCCCCCAAUCCCCUCCAACACUCCCAUCCACCACACCAUCCACGUCCGCCCCCCACCCUGCAAGUUCCUCGCCGGUCCCUGUUUCUGCACGCACCCCGCCACCCCUUCACCCCCACCAUCCCGUAAUGCAAUGGCCCCCACAUAUACCUACACCCCAGACAGCAACGUCCAAGGUAGCAAAGCUGCCAACCACAUCCCCGGCGACCUCCCCAUCCUGCGGUCACCUAUGCGCCCCACGCGCGGCAGCAACUGGCGGGACCAGGUGCGGCGGCAGGUGGCAUAUGGGCAGGCUGCAGCUCAGGGAUCGGGAUCGGGAUCGUGGGACGAGGUGAUGGGUGAUGUGUCUUCGCGUAUGAUGGGCGGGGAGAGGGUGAUGCGGAGACGGGUACGGGUGGUGCCGCGUGAUAUUGGUACUCAGGGGAAAGGGGUGACUGUGGGUAGUGGUGGCGGUGGUAGAAAGGAGGUGGUGGGGCGUGAUGAAGCGGGUGCGAUGUGGGUGGAUGGGUUCUAUAAGGUGUCAGCAGCAGUGGAGAAGUAUGCGGGGGCAGCGGAGGCUGGGGCGCGGGGUAUCAGCAACAACAACGGCAACGGCGGGGGACAGGAACACGAGAGGCAAAAUGCGGAUAACGGAGAUCAGGAACGUACCUCCGGUAGGAGGGAAGAGGCAUCGAAACCGACAGACGCCGGGGUGUCUGGGGCCGCGAAUAAAGGCUAUAUAUAUAUCUCCAGCUCGGAGAGCGAGGAUGAGGGGGAGUCAAGUCGUGGUGGUAUCUGCUCAGGAACUAUCUCCCCCGCGCCGAAUCCCGGGCGUGAGGAUGAGACAGGGAGCAUCUUUGACCUCCCGGCCGACUACGUACUACCAUCUGGUGCGGAACCAACAGUGAGAGAGAAAACGCAAGCACAAGAUGAGAGGACACUGGGGAUGAUGCGGUUCUUGAAGAUGAGGAAGGCGGCGUUAUUCAGUGAAGGAGGGUAG